GCAAAUAUCGACAAGCCCGACCACCACAAGGUAAAUAUAAGUAUAGAAUGCUGUACAAUAUAUGAUCUCUGCUCAAAAGUUUCAAAUAGUUCAAAAAAGCCAUAGAUGAAAAUGAGAACCCAUAAGGCAAAUGAUGUAUAACCAUGUCUCACCUACUGGGCUUGUAAGGAAUAACUGGACUUAGAUACACUUCUCUCCAUGCACAUUGAAGAAGGAAAAACUUGUCGGGACUCGAUUGUUCUUAGGUCAUUAUCACCCAAGCCCAACACUCUGGGAUCACCGGAUUCAUUAAUGGGAACAUGUGAACCUCCUCCUACUCACCUGGUUGGACCUCAUUAUCACCAUCCUGCUUCCUCUUCCGCGAUGUCUCUGUCCCAAGCGCCUGGCCAUCCUUCGCCGCUCCAUGAGGACGGGGCAUUGUUGGUCAAUGGCUUUCGGAUAUUAUCGAAGGGCGGGAAUGUCGAGGAGGUCAAGCGAUCGAAAAGGUUCGGUGGCCCAGUCUGGUUCGGAGGUAAUUCCGUUGCCAGUCACCAAUUCUUGGCUUGUGGGUUUCGGAGAUGGGGCUCACGUGGUCCCGUAUCGACUUCGAGAUUAGGUAUCUUGAUCCGGAUGCGUCGAUGAUAUCGAAGGGUCGUAGUGCUCAAAUGCGGCUGAUUCGAACAAUUGUCAGG